AUGGAAUAAGAAAUAAUAGACUGGGCUAAUACUUUUGAAAACACAAAGAGUAUUGAUGAUCUUAAAACAGGUAUCUUAUAUAAAAAUUUUGAGGUGUUGCAUUAUGCUAGAUAAUUUCAAAAGAAUUAUUUUAAGACAAAAGAUAAUGUGAAUUAAAGAUUAGGGUAAUAAAUUGCACAAAAUAAGACUAUUAAAGUUGCAUAAGAAAUUUAACAUUUGCAUUGACAUUGUUAGAAGAAAGUCAAUAGAUAUCAGUGAAACAUUUGACUGGAUAAAUGCUUUACCAAAAUCCAUUAAAGAUUUUUUAGAUUCUAUAAUAAUUUUAUAGAUCAAAAUCUGUGUCAUCAGCAUCAUCAAAACCACCAAAAGCACCAUAAAAGUAAGAUGAAGCGUUAUUUUAUGUUGAUGAAAAUUUAGUCUAACCAAAUCAAUCAAUCUAGAUUACAUCAAAUGAAGAAAUUAUUGCAAAUAAAUACAAAAUGAUUAAACCAAAUAGCCCUUAUUAAGAAACUAAUAAUAAUUAAUAGAGAUCACAAACUCAUUAAACUGAAUAUGCUGAAAACUCAAAUAGAUCAAAGCCUUAAAAUUAAUCGAACGAUUCAAUUAGUAAUUUGACUCCAAUUAAAUCUAAAGAGUCAUAUAAUUAAAAACUAAAGAAUGAACUUUAAAUCUUAGAGAAUCAACUAGCAAAAGAAUAAUAAAAUUUCUAAUAAAAAACCAUUAGAGAAAACAAAUCAAAACAUAAUUAAGUAAGUUAAAGUCAACAUGAGGAAUUAAAUCAGGAUUAUCAGUUUAAUUAAUAAUAAUAAUAAUAAUAAUAACAAUAAUAAUAAUAAAAUUCUAUUACAACUGAAUAAAAAUUAUAAUUGAUUGAAUGGUUAAAAUAAAUUCGCUUAAUUAAAUCAAAUGCAUAAGGAUUAGAAAUAAAAUUACCAAAAAUUUGUAAAAAUGGAGUUAUUUUUUUUGAUUUAAUUAAUAGACUAACAGGUCGAGAUGAAGUUCUCAAAGGAGCUUUAAGAAAUCCAAAGAGUCUAAGAGAAAUAAGACAUAAUUAUAGAAGAGUACUUGAGUAUUUAAAAUAACUUGAAAGAAUGAGUUACAAAUAUUUAAACUCAGAAUAAUAGUUGGUAGAUGGUGAUGAAGGAGUUUUUUGGGGUUUGAUGCAUGAUAUUAAAUUUUAUUAUGCAAAUUGUGGUAAUGUAGCCAUAGCUAAUUGUUCCUAAUCUGUAGAUACAUCAUUAAGAUAAACAUAGAAAUAAUAAUAAGUUUAAUAAAAUCCAUAGUCAUUUUAAUAAACAUCUUAAUCUUAAUUAUAAUAAUAAAUAACAUAUUCUUAAAAAAAGUAAUAGCAUAAACAAUCUUUUGGAGAUGCAUAAUUAGAAAUAACAAUAGAUUAACCUUAAUAAUCAAAGUCUGUAAAGCCAAGCACAGCCAAUAGAUCACCAGUUGGUCCUUAUUCAAGAAUACAUAAUAUGAAAUAAGAAUAUGAUAGUGUAAAUAGAUCUUUGAAUUCAUUGAUGAAAAAAUCAAAUGUUGGUUCAUAAAAUGGGACUCCUGUUAAUUAAUCAUUGUAGCAUUCUAGAAAUUUUAGCAGUUCAAAAUAAUAAUAAAAAGCUAGAUCAGCAUCUAUAAGUAAAAAUUGUGUAACUAGAGAAAUGGAGUUGUAUGUAUAAACUUAUUUCAAAUAAAAAGGACUUUAUAAUAAUGAUAAGUAUGUAUACUAAAUUAAUUUAGUUUGUUUACAGAUCCAAUUCGUAAUGGAAACUAUAUAUUAUAAUUAUUAGAAUAGCCAAUCAAUAAUAACAAUUUUAAGUCUAUUUUAGAAGUUGAGUUUAAUGUAGAUGCUGCAUUAUAAGCUACAAAAGCUAUAGUAGAUGCUGGAAAUUUACCAGCUUGGAUAGGAAAAAUAAAUAAAUCUAGUAUAAUGCAACUAGAUAAAUCUGCUAUGGGUUUAUAUUGGUGGCUAUUAAAAUAAUAAACAAAAAAGAUUGAACCUAUUACAACUUAAUUUACACUUCCUUACAGAUAAGAAGAGAUUGAUUAAUUAAAACUUGUUACUCUUCAUUUUGCAAGGGAAUAUACAUCUACUUUACAGAAUUUUAAUGAUCUCAUUUUUCAAUGUUAAACUGGCUUAUUGUUAUGUUAAAUUGAAACUGAAAUAUUCUAAUAAAAAAUAAAUCCCAUUUAUACUAAACCAAUUGGAGAAAAGCAAUGUUUAGCUAAUAUUAGAAAAGCUUUAGAUUAUUUAAAAGGAAAACAAAUUGGUUAAAGAUUUGUAUGGUCUGAAAAAUUAAUAUAUGAAGGUGAUUAACUUAUUAUUUUGGGUUUAUUUGAAGAUUUAAGGAGAUACUUUGAUGGAUUACCUUAAAGACUAGGAGAAACUUAUUUUGAAGAUGGUCCUUAUCUUAAAAAAUCUAUUGUUUAAAGUAAGCCUAAUUCUAAACUUGGACAUUUAAUCUAAUAAGAACCUUAUUCUCUCAUUUAAAAAGAAGGUAGCUUUGUUUAACCAUAAUAAGUAAAUAAAAAAUUAAUAUUUGAUGAUCCUCCUUAAUUUGAAUGGCUUAAUAAUUUUGGGUUCAAAAUUAAUUGGAAUAAUGAAAUUUUAGAAGAAUUUAAAGAUGGGUAAUAAUUAUUAUUAAUUUAUUAGUAUUAUUAUCUGUACAUUAGUACAAAAGCUCGAAAAUAUUUAAUUUAAAGGAUUACAAUAAAAACCUAACACUAAUGCUGGUUGUUUAGUUAAUAUAAGAAAAGCUUUUAGUGUGUUGAAAGAUAAAUUAGAUAUGCCUUUAGAACUUGUCUUAGAAUAAGAAAAAUUGCUCAAAGGAGAUAAAGAAUACAUUAUUAAACUACUCACUGUUUUCAAAAAUAUUUACAAAAACAAAUUAAAAAGUAAAUGA